UGAAAAUUGAAAAUAGGAAGAGGUAAUCGGAGUGACGACUGGGAUACCGCAGCCCGAGAGAAGAGCCGCCAAGACGAACAAAGCUUCGCCCCCAUUUGGUUCUCGUUUUUGCUUUUCCCUAGAUUCCCAUAUAAACGACGACACCCAUUAUUCUCCUGCUUGAUAUUUUCGCCUAAUUUCACUGCCUUCGUUUGUUCCUGAACUUCCGAUCGCCUUAUCGACGGUUCUGUCCUGUGGGCUUUUGCCCUUCGGCUGCUGCGGUAUAUUGCAAUGGUUGCCGAUUCGAAAGUCAAAUCUGAUAUCUCAUUCGCCGGCACUUUCGCCAGUAGUGCAUUCGCCGCUUGUUUCGCCGAGGCAUGCACUAUUCCUCUGGACACUGCCAAGGUGAGGCUUCAGCUACAAAAGAAAGCUGUUGCAGGCGAUGCCUUACCAAAAUAUAGGGGCUUGCUGGGCACUGUUGCAACCAUAGCCAGAGAAGAAGGUCUGGUGUCCCUAUGGAAAGGCAUUGUACCUGGAUUGCAUCGUCAAUGCGUAUUUGGAGGUUUACGGAUCGGGCUAUAUGAGCCUGUUAAGAACUUCUAUGUGGGCAGUGACUUUGUGGGUGAUGUUCCUUUAUCUAAGAAGAUUCUUGCUGCACUGACAACUGGUGCUUUAGGGAUCACUGUAGCAAAUCCAACUGAUCUUGUGAAAGUUAGACUUCAAGCUGAGGGAAAAUUACCUCCCGGCGUGCCUAGGCGCUAUUCUGGGGCAUUGAAUGCUUAUUCUACCAUCGUGAGACAGGAAGGACUUGGAGCUCUAUGGACUGGCAUUGGACCUAAUAUUGCAAGAAAUGCCAUUAUAAAUGCUGCCGAACUAGCCAGCUACGAUCAAGUGAAACAGACAAUUUUGAAAAUUCCAGGUUUCACGGAUAAUGUUGUUACUCAUCUUUUUGCUGGUCUCGGGGCAGGGUUUUUCGCUGUCUGUAUUGGGUCCCCAGUUGACGUGGUGAAGUCAAGAAUGAUGGGGGAUUCAACUUACAAAAGCACACUUGAUUGUUUCAUCAAGACUUUAAAAAAUGAUGGACCUCUAGCAUUUUACAAGGGCUUUAUCCCGAAUUUCGGACGGCUGGGAUCGUGGAAUGUGAUCAUGUUUCUAACUCUAGAACAGGCCAAGAAGUUUGUGAGAAAUAUAGAAUCUUCAUCCUGAGCUAUUUGGGGGAUUGUGGAAGAAGAUUGCUCCCUUUUCAGCCAUUGCUUAGAGAAUAAAAAGCACCCCACAUGAAGAGUAACUUUAUUUUCUGAUUCCAUUGAUGAGAUGAAAUAUUUUGCUCCUGCCAUGGGAGAAUAAGUUGAAAGCAAUCCUCAGACUGAGGUUCUUUCUCAAAGUUGUCAUUCAUCUCUGUGCUACUAUAAAAUAUAUAAUGUCAUUCUGCUAAUCUUAUUAAACUAUUUCCCUGAAAUAUCAGUACUAUGUUGUUCUUCAAUAUUUGCUAAAUGCCUUGAAUGCUAGACUAUAAUCAGGUCGUAAUCCUCAUACGAAACAUCUGUUGAUGAAAUAUUCGAAUUUUUGGAGAUGUUUGGCU